AUGAAUUCUUUCGCAUUUGUUAUCAUUUUGCUCCAACUUUCCUUGGCCAACGCCGCCAACUUCACGCAAGUCUUCGAGUGGCCCGAUGGAAUGGACUACGAGUGGCCCUCUGAGGCGAGCAGGACAAACGCCUUGAAUGAAAGAACUUUCAAACCAGAGAAUAUUCAACCUCGUUACAUGGCUGUCUACGGAACAAGAAUCUUCCUCAGUUUGUAUAGAUAUGGCAUUCCGGCGACUCUGGUAUCUUUGCCGACGAGCAGCGCGUCCUCUGCGUCCCCAAAGCUCACUCCAGUUCCUUCGUGGGACAUGCAUGGAGAAAUGGAUUGCAACAAAAUCCAGGCUGCAAGGGGGUUGGAAGUUGACUCGAUUGGAAGGCUGUGGGUGCUGGACAACGGUAGCGAGAAUUGCAAAUCCAAACUAUGGACCAUCGACUUGGUCAACAACGAUCACACCGAAGUCAUUCAUCGUUUUCCUUUUCCUUUUUACUAUCACUAUAGCAUUAACGACUUGGUGCUAGAUGAAACGCCCAACGAAACCUUGGCCUACAUCUCGUGGAGGGGAGUGAUCGUUUUUAGUUUGGAAAGGAACCAAUCUUGGAUAGUGGACACACCAGGAAUAAAGGUCGAUUCCAUUGCCCUGUCCCCUAAGGAGGAACCGAGACAGCUCUACCUUGGCAAACGCUAUUCCAAUGAGUUGUACUCAAUUUCCGUUUCCGCACUACGCAACGGAACUCGAACUGCAAAUCUACAACUAAUCGGAAGAUGGACUGAAAAACAUAAUGCGUACAGGAUGUUGAUGAACAACCACGGGACAAUUUACACUGCAUUUCUGUGGAGACACGACGUAUCCUCAUAUAAUACUUCGCAGCCAUUCCAGGAGCAGCGUUUUCAUGACUUUGGAGAUCUGAUGGCCAUUUGGCCGUUUACUUUUGCUUUGGACUCGUCGGGAACCUUUUGGAUGACUGAGAAAAAGGGAACAGCGUACAAGUCAAAGUUCAGACUACUAAAGGCAGCAGUCGGUGCUGAGUCAUACAUGAGCGAACCUCCGAAAACAGACGGACGUUUCACCGGAAAAAGGCAAAUUGACUACUCUGCUUUGAUCGGCUCGCUCGCCCUCUUAUUGGUCUUCAGCUGCAUUGUCAACCUCUGGUUCACCCUGAGGAUGAGAAAUUCGAAAAAUUCCAACGAGCAGCGCAACGCUGGUGCCGAGGAAAUGGAACUGCCAACUGCCCUAAAUCAUGUCUCAACGGAAAUGGAGGACGAGGAACCGUUGCUGAGAUGA